AUGGCUACCUUCCUAACAAUGUCCCUCAAACCCAUCGCCCUCCUACUCGUGACCUUCACGAUCAUUUUCAAUGUCGAAGCAGCUCGCUUCGACAUAACGAACAAGUGUCCGUACACUGUCUGGGCAGCCUCCGUCCCCGUGGGAGGAGGCCGCCAACUCAACUCGGGCCAGACAUGGACCAUCGACGCCCCACCUGGCACCGCCGCGGCUCGAAUAUGGGCCCGCACCAACUGCCAGUUCGACGGUGCGGGCAGGGGCAGGUGCCAGACGGGCGACUGCGGUGGGGUCCUCAACUGUAAGGGCUACGGUGCGGCCCCCAACACGCUAGCCGAGUACGCGCUGAAACAGUUCCAGAACCUCGACUUCAUCGACAUCUCCACGAUCGAUGGGUACAACGUGCCGAUGGAGUUCAGCUCGGCGUCCGGGAACUGCCGGCGCGUGAUAAGGUGCGCGCCGGGGAAUAUAUUGAGCCAGUGCCCUAACGAGCUGAAGGUGCCCGGCGGCUGCAACGGCGCGUGCCCGCAGCUGAAGAGGGAGGAGUUUUGUUGCAAUAACUCGGGUGCGAAUUGUAAGCCGACGCCUCUUUCGAGGUUUUUCAAGGACAGGUGUCCUGAUGCUUAUAGUUAUCCGAAAGAUGACCCGACCAGCACUUUUACUUGUCCGUCUGGGACUAAUUAUAAGGUCAUCUUCUGUCCUUGA